AUGGAAGUGGUAAAGAAGGAGAUCAUGAAACUUUUGGAAGCAGGAAUCAUAUUCCCUAUCACGGACAGCACUUGGGUUAGUCCUGUGCAUGUUGUCCCGAGGAAAGGAGGAGUGAUUGUUAUAAAAAAUGACAAGGAUGAAAUGAUUGCUACAAGAACAGUGACAGGACAUCGAAUGUGCAUCGAUUAUCGAAAACUGAAUGCAGCAACUCGGAAAGAUCAUUUUCCUUUACCCUUCAUUGACCAAAUGCUAGAAAGAUUGGCAAAUCACGAAUAUUACUGCUUUCUAGAUGGUUACUCCGGAUUUUUCCAGAUUCCAAUUAGACCGGAAGAUCAAGAAAAGACGACAUUCACCUGUCCAUACGGAACUUUUGCUUAUCGGCGAAUGCCUUUUGGAUUGUGUAAUGCACCUGCAAUCUUUCACCGGUGCAUGACGUCUAUUUUAACUGAUUUCAUUGAAGAUUUCAUGGAAGUCUUCAUGGAUGAUUUUUCCGUCUAUGGAUCCUCAUUCGACAGAUGCUUGGCAAACUUAGGGAAAGUUUUGCAGCGCUGUGAAGAUAAGCAUCUUGUCCGAAUGUUACUUCAUGGCUUCUCAGAAAUCGCCAGACCUCUCACACGUCUGCUCUGCAAGGAAACAAACUUUGAAUUCGAUGAUGAGUGCUUGACAGCAUUUCAUAAGAUCAAAAACACCCUUGUCUCCGCUCCAGUUGUGCAACCACCUGAUUGGGAACAAACGUUUGAAAUCAUGUGUGAUGCAAGUAAUUUUGCUGUUGGAGCUGUGCUUGGUCAGCGGAAAGAAAAGAAACUACACGCAAUCUACUAUGCGAGUAGAACUUUGGAUGAAGCUCAAUGCAAUUACGCGGCUACGGAGAAGGAGCUUUUAGCCGUCGUUUUUGCUUUUGAGAAGUUUCGAUCUUAUCUAGUAGGAUCCAAGCUUAUCGUCCAUACUGACCAUGCUGCAAUCAAGUAUCUCAUGUCCAAGAAAGACGCCAAACCGAGGCUGAUCAGAUGGAUACUCCUGCUGCAAGAAUUUGACAUUGAAAUUCGAGAUCGGAAAGGAGCAGAUAAUGGAGAAAAGCCAUCCCAACUUCCUAUACGGCGGUCAGGCGCUUUUGACACCCCAUGGUUUAGGCAUAUAGCAAAUUACUUAGCUGCAGACAUUGAACCAUCACAAUUCUUUGCUUAUAAAAAGAAGAAAUUCUUAAGGAAAAUCCGACAUUAUUUUUGGGACGAAUCUUAUCUCUAUAGGAGAUGUGUAGACGGUUUAUUCCGACGGUGUGUGGCUGAAGAAGAAAUAGAAGGAAUACUGUUUGGAUGUCAUAGCUCAGCGUAUGCAGGACAUUUUGCGACGUACAAAACAGUUUCAAAGUUCUUCAAGCGGGAUUUUGGUGGCCUACUAUGUUCAAAGACACUCACGCCUACAUCUCGCGCUGUGAUUCAUGCCAACAAAUGGGCAACAUCAGGAAUUGAUUUCAUGGGACCUUUCCCAACUUCUUUCGGAAACCAAUACAUUUUAGUAGCGGUAGACUAUGUCUCUAAAUGGGUAGAAGCAGUCGCCAGCCCUACUAAUGAUGCGAAAGUGACAAGUGGACAAGUGGAAAUCUCUAACAGAGAUAUCAAAUCGAGUUUACAAAAGACAACUGGCGUAAAUCGCAAAUAUUGGUCUGAAAAACUCGACAAUGCACUUUGGGCCUAUCGGACAGCAUACAAAACUCCUUUAGGAACCACACCGUUCAACCUCGUUUAUGGAAAAGCAUGUCACCUCCCUGUAGAGCUGGAGUAUAAGGCACAAUGGGCUAUUAAGGAGAUGAACAUAGACUUUAAGGCAGUUGGAGAAAGAAGAAUGCUUCAAAUACACGAAUUAGAAGAAAUCCGCCAUAACGCCAACGGAAACUCCAGGAUAUACAAAGAGAAGACGAAGAGAAUGCCUAUAAGCUACAACGAUACAUCAUCUGAAGGCCCAAAGAUGGACAUGGGCUGGGCAUAUUCGGAUGCUACUUAUGGCAUACCUGAAAAUUGCUUCUGUGGUCGUAACAUGAAGCUUGAAUCAAACACAGAUGGCCGCAAGUAUUAUGGAUGUCCUGAUAGGUUCAAAAUGGCCAGUGGUGAGCACAUGUGGCAGUGGUGGGAUGAUGCGGUAACCGUGCAGUUCAAAAGGAUCAACUUAAGGCUUCAAGAGCAAAAGGAGCUUAUCCUCAGUGUUGACCGACACAGAAGCAACACAUCUGAUCCAACCAUAGGAGAAGUUCGUGAAAAGCUAACACGGCUUCAAGGUGAAGUUACAAGAUUGAAGGACCACAUUGCUAACCAAGAAUUAGGAUCAUCAUACAUUCCUAUGUUUAGUACACAAGGAUCUGAUUAUUCAAGUGAUGACCGUAAAGUGAGAAGGCACUGGACUCCGAAGGAAGAUAAGGUGCUGAUAAGUGCAUGGCUCAAUACGAGCAAGGACCCUAUUGUCGACAAUGAACAAAUAGUUGGUGCCCUUUGGAAGCGGAUUCAGGCAUAUUACAACGCAAGCCCUCACAUAUUAGGACUACAAAGAAGAGAAGCCUCUCAGUGUAAGCAACGCUGGGGAAGGAUCAAUGCCCAGGAAGUGCGUGAUCAGAUGCACUUGGCCACUAAAUUUUGGAAGACAAGUCCGUGA